UUGGAAGCGGGGAGUGUUGUUGGGCGACGGUCCCUGACGCAGGGAAAACUUAGGCGUCGGUUUCAAGGCUCCUCCCUUCUGGUGAAAGGCAGACUGCGGGGCGCCUGGAAACCGGUUCGAGGGAGAGAGGGCUUGAGGGAUUGCCACAAAUGGUCAGGCGGCAGCGGUGGCGGAGAAAGAAGAAGAAAAGGCGGCGGUAGCAGCAGCAGCAAGAGCUGGAGCUGGCGCGCUCUGCCUGGCAGGCGAGAGAGAGAGCAGAGCGCGCUGGCGGCGCGGCGGAGGGACGUGCUCGCGGGGUGGCCCUCGCCGUCCUCCUCUUCCUUGCAGCCUCCCCUGCAGGAGGCUCAAGUUUGACCUGGCAGGAGAGGAGGUGAAAGGCGGCGGCAGAAGCAGCAGGAGGGACCUGGAGAGGGAGGAGGCGGCGGCGGCGGGAGCAGCAGCCAGAGGACCCGGCGAAGUAUGGCAGAGAAGUGGACUCGGCAAGUUUGCAGCGGGGCCGAGGCGGAGAGGGGCAGCCGGGCCGGCGCUCUGUCCCCGCGGCCGCUGCUGCUGCUACUGCUGCUGCUGUGCACGGAGGCGCCGGUGCUUCCCGCUCUGGGGCAGCAGCAGCAGCAGCAGUACAACGGCGAGCGGGGCAUCUCGGUGCCGGACCACGGCUACUGCCAGCCCAUCACCAUCCCCCUGUGCACGGACAUCGCGUACAACCAGACCAUCAUGCCCAACUUGCUGGGCCACACCAACCAGGAGGACGCGGGCCUGGAGGUGCACCAGUUCUACCCGCUCGUCAAGGUGCAGUGCUCGGCCGAGCUCAAGUUCUUCCUGUGCUCCAUGUACGCGCCCGUGUGCACCGUGCUGGAGCAGGCGCUGCCGCCUUGCCGCUCCCUGUGCGAGCGGGCGCGCCAAGGCUGCGAGGCGCUUAUGAACAAGUUCGGCUUCCAGUGGCCCGACACGCUGCGCUGCGAGAAGUUCCCCGUGCACGGCGCCGAAGAGCUCUGCGUGGGCCAGAACACCUCCGAGCGCGGCACGCCCACGCCCUCGCUGGGACCCGAGUUCUGGACCAGCAACCCGCAGCUGCGGCCCGGCGGCGGCGUGGCAGGAGGCGGCGGCGGGGGCGGCGGGAGCCACCUGGCGGAGCGGGCGGGCAGGUUCACCUGCCCCCGGGUGCUCAAGGUGCCCUCCUACCUCAACUACCGCUUCCUGGGCGAGAAGGAUUGCGGGGCGCCCUGCGAGUCCGGGCGCCCCUACGGGCUCAUGUACUUCGGGCAGGAGGAGCUGCGCUUCUCCCGCACCUGGAUUGGAAUCUGGUCGGUGUUGUGCUGCGCCUCCACCCUCUUCACCGUGCUGACCUACCUGGUGGACAUGAAGCGCUUCAGCUACCCAGAGAGACCCAUCAUCUUCCUCUCGGGCUGCUACACGGCGGUGGCGGUGGCCUACAUUGCAGGGUUCCUGCUGGAGGAGAAGGUGGUGUGCAAUGAGCGUUUCUCCGACGAUGGCUCGCGGACUGUGGCGCAAGGCACCAAGCGGGAAGGGUGCACCAUCCUCUUCAUGAUGCUCUACUUCUUUGGCAUGGCCAGCUCCAUCUGGUGGGUGAUCCUCUCCCUCACCUGGUUCCUGGCGGCUGGCAUGAAGUGGGGCCACGAAGCCAUCGAGGCCAACUCCCAGUACUUCCACCUGGCUGCUUGGGCUGUGCCUGCUAUCAAAACCAUCACCAUCUUGGCUCUGGGGCAGGUGGAUGGGGAUGUGCUCAGUGGCGUCUGCUUUGUGGGCAUCAACAAUGUGGAUGCCCUGCGGGGCUUUGUGCUGGCUCCUUUGUUUGUUUACUUGUUCAUUGGCACUUCUUUCCUCCUGGCUGGAUUUGUCUCCCUUUUCAGAAUUCGGACCAUCAUGAAACACGAUGGUACCAAGACAGAGAAAUUGGAAAAGCUGAUGGUUAGAAUAGGGAUCUUCAGCGUCCUGUACACAGUGCCUGCCACCAUAGUCAUUGCCUGCUAUUUUUACGAGCAAGCAUUUAGGGAACAGUGGGAAAGGAGUUGGUUUGCUCAAAGCUGCAAGAGCUAUGCCAUCCCUUGCCCCAGUAACUACCACCAUCCGCCCAUGAGUCCUGACUUCACCGUCUUUAUGAUCAAGUAUCUCAUGACUUUAAUUGUAGGCAUCACUUCUGGCUUCUGGAUCUGGUCUGGGAAAACACUCAAUUCCUGGAGGAAGUUCUAUAGCAGACUCACCAAUAGUAAGCAAGGGGAAACUACAGUGUGAAGCUCUCACACCAACCAGAGAUAGCUGGCAAAGGAACUUGCUCUCUGCUCGCAGUCCCAGCCAGAGAGUAAAGGAGAGAAAGUGGUCACAUAGGUGCUGUCUAAAGUCUUCUGACUUUUCUCUCCAGCCCACAGGGGACUGGAUGUAAAGAGGCUGGUGCUGGUGGAGAAACAGACCUUAUUCCCCUUGACUCCUGUCUUCUACUGGACUAAUUUUUACUGUAAAGUUGGGAAUGUGGAUCUGAGGUUGUAAAUAGCCUCUGUAACAUUUUGUAAGUAUAUUUGUAUUUAAAUUGCAAAGUUCUCACUUUUGUAAGUAUUUAGAACUUUUUUAA